AAAUGGCGACUCCAAAUCGCUGUCUGCUACUCUUUCUGAAUUUUCUUCUGUUUUCUCUGCGAUCUUUCGGUUUCCUUGACAUUGAUGAGAUUAAGAAUACACACUACGGGAUAGAGCUUCUGAAAACACCAGUUCUUGUGACCCAGGAAGCAUCUGCCCAAAUGGUUUUCCUCUCCACCAUCCAUGGGCAGAAGUAUCGCUGUAACUACCCAGACCAUUCCGUCAACAAGGAGGAAGCAGAAGGGCGAGAAGCAGAGCAGAUUGGUAUCCCUGAUCUCCUAAAGCCUAUGGACGAUGGACCUUGCAUUAUCACUACAAAGGAUUGGUGGACGUACGAGUUCUGCUAUGGAAAAUAUUUACAACAGUACCAUAUGGAGGAUGGUGUCCCAGUGGGUAAGGUGAUAUACCUUGGUUUCUACGAGUCUGAAUACAACUGGAAAGCAGCUGACAAACAGGAGACGAAGCAGAAUAAAGAGAGAUUGAAUCGUUACCAUAGCCAGCAGUAUUCCAACGGCACUGUGUGUGAUUUGACCAACAAGCCGAGAAAAGUGGAAGUCCGGUUUCUCUGUGAUGAAGGAUCAGGUGACCACAUCUCAAGGAUCGACGAGCCCGAGUCAUGUGUCUACGUACUGACUGUCCACACCACCAAGAUCUGUCACCACCCGUACCUGAAGCCUCUGUCUCCGAGUAAACCACUCCCCAUCACGUGUAACCCCGUGCUGGAUGCGGAGCAGUAUCGAGAAUACCUCGAUGAUCAGGAAGCCGAGAGAUUGCGAGCAGAGGCCUUGGCUCACGAGCGGAAGAAGUACUCAGCAGAGGCCAACAAGGAGCAGGAGGGGAUAGGAGAAGGUCCCGAUGGGAUCAAGGAUGCAGGGGCGAAGAGUGAGGCAGGAGGGGAGGAGGGGGCCCGCGAAGGGAAAGAUAGUGAAGACAUGCUGAAGACGUUUAAAGAAGCCAUGGUUAACUCUGUCAAGAAGGAAUUGGGUGGUGGCACAGAUGGGGGUUCAGAUGCAGAAGGAUUAGAUUUUAAGAUGCAAUUCAAAGUGGUGAAAAGUGCUGAAGACAUUGCGAAGUUAAUCAAAGAGAUGCAAGGAGGUUCUGGGAGCGAUGUUGAGAGAGACGAUGAUGAUCUUCCACCUGCACGAGUAGCGCCCCCAGUUGAACUAAUGCCGUCAGAGAAGUUCAUCGACCGGUCACCAACCGAAGCUUCGGGGUCAAGGGAUGUGCGGCAGGGGGAGGUCCAAAAGAUGGCAUCACCUAAUGAUAACAACCGCUUGACGAGGGGAAAAAGUCAAAUGGAACGCUUUGCUGAGUUGAUUCAUCGAAAGAAAAAAGACAAGUUGAAUACUCCUGGAUAUACUCAGCACAAGGAUGGUGAUGGGGAAUUCAUUCAAGAGUUUGAUAGAGGUGUAGAGCAACUUAUCAAAGAAGGUCAUAUCCGAGAGAAAAUGGCCAACAUGAAAAAUAAAAUCAACGAUGCUGUGUCGAGUGGGUUUGGAGACAUUGUCAAUGAGGCCCAAGCAGAGCUUAGACGGGAAGGUUUCGAUGGUCCAAUCAACAGAAAAGAAGCCUUCAUCAAUUUAGCAUCAACUCUGGACAAACUUCUCAAUCGUCUCGAAAAGUCUAACAAAGAACUUGACGAAGUUGAUACGAAAUUACGAGAAGCAGCUGAAAGUGCAAAAAAAUCCUUACGGGAGCAACAGAUGAAAUCAGCUGAGCUAUUACAAAAAAUGAAGGCAAAACAAGGCGGGAAGCCUCCAGAGGGUGCUGAUAAGUUAACAGAGGAUAAGAUGCUUCAGCAGAUUGAGAAAUCAAAUGCAGAUCUGGAGAAGCGGUUGCGGGAAGCGCGGGAUAAUAAGCUUGCCGCCCAGAAGUUCCUACAGGAGCAGCGGUUACGCUCUACAGAGAUAUUGAAGAAGAUGCAAGAGAAGCAAGGUGUUGACUCCGGGUCAGCCGCGCAGGAAAAGCCUGGGCAUACGGAGGAAAAAGAAGAUGAGGUUGAGCCCCACAAACCCCAAGACGACAAUAUCCGAGUGAGGGUGACGAAGGUUGAGUUCAAGGACCCUAAUGAACCUGCAGAGAAGCAAGCCAGUCCCUCAGACACCAAGAGCGUUCUCGGCGAUGCUCAGAAACUCAAAUUAGAGAACUCUGUGAGGGAGGAGUUAAAAAAGGCGGGUCUUGAUAAAAGUGGUAAAAAAAUACAUAUAAAAAUCAUCACUUCGAUGCCAACCGAUGGGACGGGGUUCCAGGUGACGGACGAAGACUCUGCUGCAUUUAAUAAAAUGAUUGUCACGAUAUUGGGUGGCAAUCAAGAUGAGAUGAGAGAGCAAGAGCGUCAGCUGCAGUUCGAAGACAGCUAUAACUUUGUUUAUAAACCACAGAAGAAAAAAAAGGAGGCGUCGCCAGUUAUUCCGUAAAUUAUGUGAUAUGUGCUUAAAAUAGUUCUGAUGCAAAGGCUGAUGAAGAAAGCCAUUAUGAAGAAGAAAAAGCUAAUCAGGGUAGGGACAGUACUCCAGAUCUGAAUCCUAACUGUUUUGGUGCAAACCUGCAAAAUUUCAAAAAGAUUCAUUUCAUUAACUGAGAAAACCAUUACAGACACAGCAGAGGAAAUCUACGUGAACUCAAAUGGUCUGAUGUCGAUUCACUGGCUUUUGUAUCCAAACUCUUUGUAUGUUUGUGGGGGGAGGGGGGGGGGGCACUGGGACUCAUUGACAGAGAUUUAUAUGUCUACUGUGUACCUCUUUGAAAUGAAAUAAUGCUGCUGUUUUUAAGCUCUCGGUGCCUCUGGUGCCAGGGAUUCGUUUCCGAAUAUUGGUUCUGCUCAAGAAGGUUAUUUCCUAUGUCCGAAUUAUGAUCUAAAAUCUCCUGGGAUUGUUGUCACAAUCAUAACAUUUGAAAUUAUCCGUCAAAGCUCCUCAAAUUUCAACUUAUUCAUGUAACCAUUAUCAUUUCAUGAGGUACACAGUGCGGGGCAAUAGUGGGAGAUUUGGAAAUCACACAAUGUGACAAGCAAUGAUGGGAGGUUUAGAUGCAACCUCUCAAAAUCUCCAACUUUGCCCUGGUCAGUUGCAAUAUUUUAGCUAAUCAUGAACCAUGAAGCCAUUUCACUGCUUUGUACAUGUAAGAUGAUGUUAUUGUUAUUUAUUCACGUUUUGUAUCUUAAAGUAUCGCUGACUUUGUGAAGUCAUGUUUGACCAAGUUGAGAUAGUCUUGUCCCUUGAUACUGAUGUCACCACUUCAUUUAGUCUCCACAUUUGAAUGCUUAUAACUAUUCAGAGUUUGUAGGGUAACCCCCUCUAUUAAAGCACAUCAAGUGUACAUUUUAAUCUAGUACAGGAACUGUGUACUACACAAGAUGGUCAGGCAGUUGUAGGAUGUACAGGAACUGUGUACUACACAAGAUGGUCAGGCAGUUGUAGGAUGUACAGGAACUGUGUACUACACAAGAUGGUCAGGCAGUUGUAGGAUGUACUACUCAUCAGGAUAAAAUGAGAUGCUGAA